CGCGGCGGGCAUGUUGUUGAUUUGCACGUUUGCACGUGCUGUCAAUUUGCGCCUAAUAAAAUUGGUACGAUUCGGAAAAGAAAAAGAUGACCAUGGCCCUGAAAAAAAAAAAAAUUCCCCUCCCCUCCAAAAAGGUUGUGAGCAGAACACAGCGCACAGCGCACAGCUACGUAGUAGCUGCGCUGGCAUGGCGGAAUGCGGCAGCGGAGAGCGCGAGUUGGAGCUGUGCAUGAGUGCCGACGGAUGGUGGAAAAGAUGGUUGGCCGUUUUCAGGCGGGAAGACCGUUUUGGAAAGGGCGUGCUGGUAUGAAACGGCGGGGAGAUCUGCGUGCGAACCGCGUCGGAGUCGAAGACACCGGGCUCGUCCUUGAUUAGAUGGAAGCAGUCGGACAGGAAGCAGGUGGUAUAAUGGUUUUGGAGUGGUGGGGGGACCACAACCAAGUGGCCAGGUGCUAACGGUGCUGCGCUGUGUUCGGACCACCUGGUCUAGCCAUCCGGUCUGCCUACGGGUGGUGGUGAAUAUCUGCACACCGACAUGGCAAAUUAUGGAUGGCGUUUGAAACGCACCAGCUAGAUGGCGCUAAUAGACCUACGUGUGCGGAUAUGAGCACGCUGAAAUUGCAAAUGACAGUUUUUGUAUGCUGGACUGAUAUGGCGCAACUCGGGUAAGAACUGACAUCACACGGGGGUGUCUGUGUAUUCUUCUGACAACGGGGCGAGAAGUAGGGGGAGGGGGGGAAGGAGAUCCGGCGCGAAUUGCACGCGGUUUGGAUGAGGGGAGCUAGAUAUGUGCGGCUGACGACUUUGGUUGAUGGGGCAAUCCUCUGGACAAGGUUGGGAGAUCAAAGCAAUUGCAGUAUCUGGGUUGUUGGACCAAGAGGAGGAGGAGGAGGAGGAGGUGGUGGGGCAUGCCGAUGCUGAGCGCGAGGACAAGGAGGAGAGCGGUAACGGUUGGCAAUGCUUGGAACUGAAGAAAUCAACGCAGUGAAAGGAAUCGAUCUGCUUACGUGUUAUUCAGCACUGACAAGAGACAAGGAUGCGUUGCGCUUGCCCUUCAGCUGGUGCGGUUUCCAGUCCGAUUUUACUAUAUUUUGUUGAUAUCUCGUGUUGCGCGACUUGGAUCGAUCCGCGUGAUCGUUAACUCAAUCAAGUCGCAGUGAGGAAUGACGUGGAAGGGGGACGUGUUUCGCGGAGAGCCUUGGGUGGUUCAACGUGGCGUCAGGAAACACGGACCGAGCAAUCCCGUUCGCUUUGCGAUCUCAACGUUUCGAUUAGAGAUCGUGUAUUGAGGCUUUGUCGUUUUGCUGUAAGCCAACUGCAGCAGCCAGCAGUCAAAAGUGUGGAAGAAGCAGCAAGUGCAGCCCGAGCAGCAGCUGGGGGGAGAAAGAGGACGGCUAACGGAGGAGGGUAAGGGGGAGUGAGAUGGCGGGAACGGGCCAGGAGUAUGCCGCAAGGAAGAAGGCCAAGGCCUCGCGCAAACGACUCCGAGCGAAGCACGGCGAUGUCGGGAAUGAGACUAGUGCUGCCAAACGAAGACGCAGAAAGAAGCAUCGCAGAGUCUGCGAGGCGAUGUGCUACUCCCUGCCGACCCCAGAGAACCCAUUUAACGAAGCCGAGCUGAAAGGGGUGAAAACCCCCUCAAGGAAGAGAAAGCCAACACCAGGAGCUAUUGAAACGAGCGGUAAGAAGAGCGAUGCGAAGAAGGCAGCAGUGACAAGAGGAGGAUCGCGCACAGGGAGAGAGAGAGAGGAGGAGGAAGGGGAAGGACUGAGAGUGGGAGAACGAACUCUUCCAGGCAACGGCUGUGGCGAUGGUGAUGGAGUUUGGGAUGGGGAUGGGAAGCAGCAGCAGCGGAGGAGCAUCUUCCCUCCCUUUAGAAAGAAUCUGUGGCCAUUUGGCCCUUCUGGAAAAGGUGAAUUGCAGGGUAUUGACGACAAGAGACUGCCAUCGGAUUUCCGGCGUUGUUUUUUCAUUGCUACAGGUCAAAUUAGGUCAUACAAAGUGGGGGGGAAGUUGGGGGAAGGGCUAAAAGAGAGGGGCCUGCAGGAAGGAGGGGGGGUGGGAGAUGGGGAUGUAAAGAAGGGGAAACAGGGCGAGCCUUUGCUAUUUGAACGCCGAUGUUGGGAAGGAUGUCUGAGAGGAAGAGAUGUGCUAGGAGUCUUGCCGCCGCCUGCGCAGCGGAGUGUGCUCUUGUUGAACCGUCCCGACCGCAAUACUUCCCCGACCAUCUCCUCGAACUCGAAGAGGGAUCCCUACUCCUCCGUCUCCAUGUCUGAGCAGCAUGACCCACAGUGCGGGACACUUGGCUUCGCAGAGCGGGAGUCCAGUGGCGUACUGGGUUAUCUUCUACCCGCUGUUUUUCAUCUUAAGGCGCAGCAGCCGGCAGUGAAGGCGGGAGAGGGACCUAUUGCGCUGAUUGUGGUGGCCACGGCGGAAAGAGCGCGGGAGGUACGUCGAGUCUGCAAGCCCUUACAAGAUGUGAUGGGGUUUCGCUGUGUCAGCGUGCAUUCGCAGGCACCGAUCGGACAUCAGAUCGAAGGGUUGGGAUGCCAAGUGGUGGAGAUGGUGGUGGGCACGGCAGCGCGCUUGUCAGAGCUUCUUCGGUGUGAGGGAAUCCGACUCGGUCGAGUCUCCUUCUUCGUGCUCCAUGAUGUAGAUGAGCUUUUGCAGACAGCGGAUGAUCAAAAUCCAGCAGCAGAGCAGCUGAGCCAGAUCGCUUCCGCUGUUCGUUCAGACAGGCAGGUGGUGUUCUUAAGUCGGAAAUUUUCUGUGCCUGUCAAUGUCCUGCUGGGGAAGUUGUGGCUUCCAGCCGCCGCUUCAUCCAAUCCUAUAAUAGCCCGAGCGGCCAAUGAGGUGUCCAAUUUGGCCAUCGCUGUCGGCGUUACCCAGACAGUUUGUGUUUGUUCUCAAGAGAAGAAGACUGCCAAGAUUGCGAGCUUCCUCGGGGAGAUUAGAGAGGGAGAGAAGGAGAGUAGGGUGAAGAGCCGCACCGUAGUGCUGACCAGAGGGGAGGAGGUCAUCGCUUCUAUCGCUAGGGUUUUGAAAAAGGCCAAGCAUCGGACCGAACUUGUCACCGAAGCUCAGAUCAAAGCCGACCGUCUCUCUGCAAUGAAAGCACAAGAAGUAGAAGAAGGCGACGAAGAAGGUGAAGAAGACGUCGACAAACAAGAGGGAAUUGAUGGUGGUUACGAUUCCGAUGUUUCUGAGGAAAUGGGGGUGCGGCGGCAGCGGCAAGGGGAGCAGGGUGUGAAGAGGAGGACCAAGAAGAAGCAGUGCAGUAGAAGAAAACAGCUGAAGGUGACGAGAGUAGGUGAUGAUUUUCGGGUCGGCAGAGCUACGGUCCUGAUUGCCACAGCUUCGGCACUCUCGAAGCUAGGCAUGGAUCUUGAAAGUGUCCCUUGUCUUGUGUUCUACGACUUUCCGGGCUCCUUUCAGGAGUACCUUUGUCAAAUUAGUAAAGUUGCAAGAAAGACGGCCAGGGCGCGGAUACACUCUCUCUUCACAAAGGAAGAUGCACUACAGGCUGUUGAUCUCGUCGCUCAUCUUGAAGAGUGCGGCCAGCUGGUAGAUGACAAGCUGCAGAAGAUCGCCAACGCUGUUCUCACAGUCAGGAAACAGCAGCAGCAACGGUAGUCAUUACAGCAACUAAUGAAUACAGCAGAACCGAACAUAUCACCGCAGGUGACACACACUCGGUGGUUUCACAGUACAUCCAAACUUGAAAAACAGACUGUGGUCCUGAGAGUGAACGCGGGAGGGGGAAAUGCACGGUGUUCAGAAAUAGGGUAGGUAACUCAGGGCCAAAGCUACAGGAUAGCAACCACAGGACUGUAGAUGCUCACAGCUUAACAGUAGUGAUCAGUCAAUCUACCGGCUUCCUAUACCCGUAGUAGGUAUAGCUGCAUACAGUAUUGUAGGUGCACACAGCUCAACAGGGCUCAGACAAGCCAGUGAUUUCCAAUACCAUCACUAGAGCUAUAGUUGCAUGCAUCCUAGCAGUGCGCCGACACAAUACUGCUUCCCUAAAGGUAGGUAGUCAAUCGUAGAGUUGUUGGACCUGCAAGACUGGGUGACCCGGAGGCAAAGAUGCAGCUUAGCAUCUGCGGGACUAUAGGGACACACAUCUCAGCAGUGCUCAGAUAACCUAGGCGAUUCCAUACCAUCGGCAGGACUACAGAGGCAAACAUCUUAGCGGUGCUCAGUCAAUUUGUUGGUGUACUUCAUUUUGUCAAUCACAGGGACGGUGGACCCGCUUUCCAGCAGGUGCUGCUCCCCACCAAUAGAUGGAGCCUUCCUCGCACGCUCACUUAAGAGGGCUGCUCUUAUCACCCCCUUAAGUGGGCUCCUGCCCUGAAGAUUCGUGUAAACAACAACAACAACAACAACAACAACGACGACAACAACACACAAUGAAACUCAUAUCCUAACCUAUCACUGAAGCUCAGAUCCCAGCCUAUCACCGAAGCUCAGAUUCCAACCUAGCAUCGAAACUCAGUUCCUCGAAUUAUUACCUAAGCCCAGAUCCUAACCUAUCACCGAACACCAGAUCCCAACCUAUCACUAAACCUCAGAUCCUAACCUAUCACUGAAGCUCAGAUACCAACCUAUCACCGAAGCUCAGAUACCAACCUAUCACCGAAGCUCAGAUACCAACCUACCACCGAGGCUCAGAUCCCAACCUAUCACCGACGCCCAGUUCCCCAAACUAUUACCGAUGUUCAGUUCCCCGACCCAUUACCGAAGCUCAGAUCCCCGACCUAUCACCGAAGCUCAGAUCCCGGACCUAUCAUCGUAGAUCAUAAUUGGAGUAGAAUGAAUGAACUGUCCUUCU